CUUGACAGAGGCGGCAUGGGGUCGAUGUAAAUUGCCUAUCCCUGGGUAAUGUAAAGAGUGUGUAAAAGAGCUCCGGGUGAGCUAUGGCGUAAAGUCCGCGGUUCGAUAACAUGCUUAACCAACCAGUAUUUAUACCUACCUCUUAACCCGGGACUUGGGAGUAUACCACAACAAGACGAAUCGUCGUCUCACCUGAAGUAACUUUUGUUCGUUGUAGGCUUUUCACAUUCAAGAUGAAGAGUUCCUGUAUCCUUUCCGCCUUGGCUCUAGCCAGUAUCUCCGCCGCUCAGACUCCGGCAGGUUUCACACCCGCUGUCGAGCAAAAGCUUGAAGUCACAUUUGGGACAAAGUCUGUGACGCCUGGCCUGGCCUUGGCAAAAACCGAAACCUCAAGGCAGCCGACUAUUGGUCUGAGUAUUCCUGCCAACGGUACUUAUGUGUGGAUGCUAAUCGACCUCGAUGCAUCAACCAAUUUCGCCAACCCCGCUCAGGGACAGCGAACCACGUAUCUCCACACUGUGAUCCGAGACUUCAAAGCCAGUGGUGGCGCGUCGGUAGACGGCAUCAGCACGCUUAAGUCGACGGCCAACAGUCCAGUGGCAUGGUUCGCCCCAGCCCCCCAACCGGAGAAUCCCGUCCAUCCUCACAGAUAUACAAACCUCCUAUGGGAACAACCACAAAACUGGCAAAUCCCCUCGGCGGCGAACCAGAUGCUGCAAAGCCAGAAGGUGGGUUUUAGCGUUCCCAAGUUCAUCACGGCUGCUGGACUGAAGGACCCUAUUGCCGCCAAUUACUUCAAUGUUACAGGUUAGGUGGGAAAUGCGGAACGGGAAAGGGGGAGAGGUACCGGCUUGGAAAUGUAUAUAUAAAGAAACCUGGGUGUUGGAUUAAUCGAGACGGUUUUCCGUUUGCUCGAUAUGAAAACAAACCAUCUGACAGAGACACCAAUAUUACUCCCUUUUGUCAAUUUACCAAAUUCAUUACCAUCAUCUCCGUUCCUCAAUUCUAUCUAGGGUAACAAGAUAAAACUUCCAACUGUCCCCCGCAGAAAAAUGACACGUCUAUAACCGUUCACGCGAUCUCGGUCGU